AGGAAGACAACGGGUGCACGAGCACGGCGGUACGAGGGCGCGCUCGAUCCAGGCGGGCAGCAGCUCCGAGCAGCAGCCCGAGCACCGUGUUGAACGGGGCCCGAGGGUGUGGUCGUCGCGGCCAGCUCCAGCGCGGGUGGCCGCACGGUGCCGUGACGACCGAACUGUGAGCCUCGCAACCCGGGACUGUGUCAGCCCGUGGACACACUGACUGCAGGUGUCACAAGCCUGGUCAUCCGAACGGCGGGUUAGGACCAUCAUCAUGGGAGACAAUCUUUCACGCUACAUUCAGCCCAACGUUCUUCCGCCAACUUGCAGCAGAGCUUCAGACCAACUGGCGAUGACGAAUGAUUCCGGAAAGCCGGCGUCCUUGCAAGAAGAGCAGCAGUCGCGCUUGGCGGCCACGACGACUGCUUCGCGGCAAGAUGUAGGCACUCAGACCGAAGGCCACUUCCACGUAGACUCUGUGCACCGCGGGGUCCAAACGGAGCCCUGCGAGCCAAAGUCUCCAGCAGCGUCAUCUGCAUUUCUCGAGAAGCAUGUCGUGGCCCCCUCGAAGGCCAAGGAUCCAGCGCCGUGUGAUCAAGAGACCAUGUUCACAGAGAUCCUAGCCAGGACUGUGCGGAACUCGAGGAGGCUCGACAGACUCGAGAACACGCCGCAGCCGAGGCACUUCGGUCUCAUGAAGCCGAACGCUGUGGGCGGUAGCCAUGGCGUGCUGCAGAAGUCACCACUCGCUGCUCGUAGACCAUCUGACGAGUUCCCAUCUUGGCGCUCCCAGAACCGAUCGGCGCAGCGCAAAAACAGAAAAACAGGAGCCCUAGCCCCUGCCACGUCGCCACCGGAUAAAACACCGGCGAACCUGUGCGGAAGGCCAAACGAUCAAAGCGCCCAGGGCGAAUCCGAGAACGCUCCCCGUUACAAAGCACCAGCGUGGUAUUCGUCAACGGAGGACUACCGCAGAGCCUCGCACCGCGCUCGGAUCCGCGACGACGUACCACGUGACGUCCGCGGGAUCUACGAAGCCGCCGACAGUCAGGCUUCCGACGGGUCGGUCCCGCUUUACGGCAGGUCUGGUCGCCCGAGUCCCCGGCACUCUGCCUGGCCCUCGCCGCUUGGCCGGGAAGACAGGCAUGACCGACUCAGUUCCGACGUCUCGCCGGCACCCCGCCGCUACCAGGCGGCGCGCGGGUGCAGACACUCUGAGGGACAGUUUGUGAACGAAGCGUCGCACGACGAGGGACAUUUUAUUCCGCCCCGCUGCGCCUAUUCAUCCCCGGGCACUCGAAACAGUUCGAGUGCGCUUAUAACCACUAAAAUGUUGAGGCGUUUCGAAACGACCGUGGUCUUGUUCACGGGCGAACAGUCCAAGCACAAGCAGCAGGGCCCCGGUUAUUACGGCUCACCGAACGCUUGACGUAUAUUACGAACGCAUACUUUACUGUAAUCAGCAACAUUGUCCUUUUCUCUUUUGGUGUUCACCAUCAAUAUGAUUGUGUACUUGGAAAAAUUUAA